GGUAGAGGGAGAGAGAGAAAUUCCCAGCCACCGAGCAAAGGAAUAGGAUGGGGGACCCGCUGAGCAAAGAGAAGGGGGAACAGCUGGACACCAGCAAGAAGAGAAGUCUGAUUGGCCACACGCUGGCCUCAGCCAGCGCCCCGCUGUCUACCCUGGCCCACUGCAGACGACCUUUCCAGCAGAGUCCCUACUUCUCCGGAGGCUGUGAGGCUCUGUUCCUUCGGAAACAGCAUUGUGUGGGGGUCCCCAUGAAGCUCCUGGCUUUCCUGAGCCUGCUGGCCCUGGUGCUGCUAGAAGCAGGGACAGCUUCUCCCCCAAAGGGGAGGAAGAGGAGAGACCCAACGAAUGAGGAAGGAGAUGCUUACGCGGUCCUGAAUCUGGGGAACUACGUCCCUGACCUGGACAACUACGAUGAGGUCAUUGACCUGAGCGACUAUGAAGGGCUCAUGGACUAUGGGGACCAGCUCCCUGAGGUCAAAGCAGCAUCCAGCCUGGAUCCUCCAACCAGGAUCGGUUCCACUCAGAGCACGGUGAAUCCAAGGACACUCUCGUCCAAGCCCACCAUGACCAAGCCUACUAUGCUGGGCCUCCCAGGCUCCCCAAGCAGCCACGCUGAACCAGGCCUGCCUACCUGUCUGGUAUGCGUGUGCCUUGUUUCCUCCGUGUACUGUGACGACGCUGACCUGGAGAGCAUCCCGCCUCUCCCCAAGACAACCACUUACCUGUACGCCCGCUUCAACCGCAUCAGCCGGAUCCGAGCUGGAGACUUCAAAGGGCUGACAAAACUGAAGAAGAUCGACCUUUCCAGCAAUUCCAUCUCCUCCAUUGAUGAUGAUGCCCUCCGCCUGCUGCCUGCCCUGCGGGACCUGAUCCUCCCAGAGAACCAGCUGGCGGCUCUGCCCGUGCUGCCCGCUGGCAUCGAGGUCCUGGACGUCCGCCUGAACCGGCUCCAGAGCUCCGGAAUACAGCCCGAAGCCUUCAGGGGGCUAGAGAAGCUGCAGUUCCUCUACCUGGCUGACAACUUGCUGGACUCCAUCCCCGGGCCCCUGCCCCCCAGCCUGCGCUCACUGCACCUGCAGAAUAACAUGAUAGAGACCAUGCAGAAAGACGCCUUCUGUGACACUGAGGAGCACAAACACAGCCGGAGGAGGCUGGAAGACAUCCGCCUAGACGGCAAUCCCAUCAACCUGGGCUUCUUCCCCAGCGCCUACUUCUGCCUGCCUCGCCUCCCCACCGGCCGCUGCUGCUAACUCACCGCUCCCCGUGCGGCGGGAAGGGUGCGGGCCUCGCCUCCACGCGGUGGUCUGUCAUCCAGGCCGGAAUCGGCCCCCUGAUCCAGUUGCAAAACUCACCCCCCCCGCCCCCUGCCCCCACGGGCUGCA